UAUUAUUGGUGAUCAGUUGACAUUUGACAGCGCGUGCAACAACACGUUUCGUAAAAAUAUCAACGACGGCGGCGAAUGGCAUCGUUGUUUUGCCUAUUUUCAGAUAUAAAAUGAACGAAAAAUGCUUAUUUACCGACAAUAAUCUCUAAGAUACUCCAAAAAUAACCCAACUGAUAUCAAAAUGGAAACAAAUCCUGGCGACAAUCCCAGCCUUAACACACCUGUCGUAGACACAGAAGUACCCCAUACCAUGACAUCCAUGAAUACAACUGAAACCGAAUCAUCGAGGCCACAGGCUCAAUUUCUAUCGAAAACCGUUUCUUCACCCACUGCCCUUAGCUUGAAUGUCAAUCUGUCAAGUACUCCAACUUUAGGUAGCAUUGGCAAACAGGGUUCAAUCAACUUUCGCCAUAGUCUCCUGUAUGAUAGCGGAGCUGAAGGAUCUGAUGCCGAUGAUCAGGUGCGUCUAAUACGCACACCUUCGGUACGAUCACACAAGUUCAUAAUCAUACCUGCAACCUCACCUGCCCUGGGACAGCAAGCGAAAUUUCCCUCUGCCACAUCCACAUCUUCGUUGACGGCAUUGCAAAAACUACCACUGCGUUCCCCAACAAAUUCGAAUCUUGCUACACCUACAACCCCCACGUCGUCACUUACUGCCCGCACACCCCAUCAGCUGCUAUCACCAUUAACAAAGAACCCGGCAUUGUCGUUGUCGCGGUCGGAUGUCGUUUAUCAUCAUCCACAUGGUGGCAGUGGACAGGUGGCUGAGGCAUAUGGGGGAGCUGCAAGCGGCAGCACAAGUGCAAACCCGAGUGUUAAAUUUACAAUUGAGGAUUAUGAAUCGGAUAACGCCACCACCGAUGCCGCAGUGCAAACGGGAAUGGAGAUGAUGGGCACCAGUUCGGCCACACCAACAAGUGCACCAAUGGCGACGACUACGUCGGCCGUCGCUGCAUCAUCAUCAUCUACAUUAGAUGCAUUAUAUUCGUUCCAAAUGCCUGCAAUCAGUUCAAUUUACUCGGGCAUCAGCUCAACACAGCUAUUAACCGGUGGGACGGCGACAACAACCCAGCAACCAUCAUCACUGUCACCAGCCUUCUCAGCACAAGUGCCGGUGCCGGUAGCAGCGGCGCGGGCGACUAGGGCCUACUCCCCAUCUCCACGACCAGCCUCAGCAGUAUUCAGUAGCUCGUCUCCACCGAUCGGUUCCGCUGUUUCAUCGCCACUGGGAAUUGGUUUGCGUCCGCGUAACGAUCGCAACAGCAGUAUGCGUUCCGUGGUAUCAGCGUAUCUUUCAGACCCAAAUGAAUUGACGGUUAAUAGUCUCCUCCAACAAGAUGACUCAAGUUCCUAUUUAUUUCGUGAUUGUGUUGCCAAUCAAAUCUAUUCGGAUAUAACGUCUGUCAGAUCGUUGGCUUCAAUUGGUAUUGGAUCGACUGAUGGACGAAAAAUUGUGAUACGCCGAGUGCCGCAAACACCCACCGAUUUGUUGAAUAUUGUAAAUCCACCGACUCCGCAACUACCCGGCGUCGAUGACGAUGAUGACGAAAGCUAUAUGGAUAUGUCCGAUGAUUCGAAUAAUUUAAAACCCCGUCAACAACAUUGGGCCAGCAAAAUGCAAUUCGUGUUAGCCUGCAUUGGUUACUCCGUGGGUUUGGGCAAUGUGUGGCGUUUUCCAUAUAUGUGCUAUAAAAGCGGCGGAGGCGUUUUCUUGGUACCUUACUGUAUUAUACUGAUUAUCUGCAGUAUACCAUUGUUAUUUAUGGAAUUAUCUAUUGGCCAAUAUACGGGCAGAGGACCUAUAGGAGCAUUAGGACAAUUAUGUCCAUUAUUUAAAGGUGCUGGCCUGGCAAGUGUUGUAGUAUCAUUCCUAAUGUCCACCUAUUACAGCGUUAUCAUAGGCUAUUCAAUUUACUACUUCUUUACAUCGUUCAAAACUGACAUGCCAUGGGUGGAUUGUAGUAACCGUUGGAAUACUCCAGAUUGUUGGGUGCCACAGAGAGUGGAUGAUAAUAUGACAUCACAUGCAACUUCGAGGACACCUUCCGAAGAAUUUUUUGAAAACAAAGUAUUACAAAUAAGUCCAGGUAUUGAAUACCCAGGCUUAAUGAGGUGGGAAUUAUUUGCCUGCUUAAUCUGUGCUUGGCUGAUGGUAUAUUUUGCCACUUGGAAGUCUAUAAAAUCAUCAGCAAAGGUACGAUAUUUUACUGCCACUUUUCCCUUUUUCCUAAUCAUCGUUCUAAUGGGACGUGCGGUAACUUUGGAAGGUGCCGACGAUGGUUUACGCUACUUUUUCCGUCCUAAUUGGUCGGAAUUGAAAAAUGCCAAUGUGUGGAUUAAUGCUGCCUCCCAAAAUUUCAAUUCAUUGGGAAUUACAUUUGGCUCGAUGAUUUCUUUUGCCAGCUACAACAAGUACAACAACAAUAUAUUGCGCGAUACUGUGGCCGUUAGUGUGGUCAACAUUUUAACCAGUCUGCUAGUUGGUGUCUUUGCCUUUGCCACCUUAGGAAAUUUGGCUCUAGAGCAGAAUACAAAUGUUAAGGACGUCAUAGGCGAUGGACCGGGUUUGAUAUUUGUUGUCUAUCCACAGGCCAUGGCCAAAAUGCCCUAUGCCCAAUUGUGGGCGGUCAUGUUUUUCUUUAUGCUGUUAUGUUUGGGUCUAAAUUCACAGUUUGCGAUUGUUGAAGUAGUAGUUACUUCAAUACAGGAUGGUUUUCCAAAUUGGAUCAAGAAACAUUUGGGUUAUCAUGAGAUUGUAGUUCUUAUAGUUUCGGUUAUAUCAUUCCUUUUUGGAUUGCCGAAUUUAAUACAGGGUGGUAUUUAUUUCUUCCAACUUAUGGACCAUUAUGCUGCCUCAGUUACCAUCAUGUUUUUAGCCUUUUGUCAAAUGAUUGCAAUAGCCUGGUUUUAUGGCACCGGUAGACUCUCGAAAAAUGUUAAACAAAUGACUGGAAAAGCUCCUUCUCUUUAUUUGAAGUCAUGUUGGAUAUUGUUCGGACCUUGUUUGUUAUUUGCUAUUUGGAUAUUGAGUUUAAUCAACUAUAAAGAACCAACUUAUCAUAAUGGGCGUUACACAUAUCCUGACUGGGCCUAUGGUAUUGGUUGGAUGUUUGCAUCAUUCUCAUUGGUAUGCAUACCUGGUUACGCCAUUGUUAAUCUAUUCAAAGCCCAGGGUCGGGAUUUGCAAGAGCGUUUCCAAAGUGCUUUAAGACCCAAUAUUUAUGAGUGUAAAAUCUGUGGAGAGCACCACUGUGAGCAUGAUUAUCCAGAACAGGAACAAUACAUGUUAACGCAGGAGCUAGCAGGAAUUUACAAACCUGCCGCCCCAAUGCAAGCGCAACACACAGGAUUUCCCCUGAAUUCGGGCCAGAAGGCAGGAUAUAAUCCCAUGCAUUUGCAAGUGCAAAUAGAAAAACCACGAGAUAUAUCACCAGCAAAAGAGGAAAACGCUGAUGGGCCUUCAACUUCCGCACCAGCUAACGGCGGCGCUGUAGACAACCAAUAUAGAUGAUUUUUAGUAAAUUCAGAGCAAAUAUAAUAUUUAGGCAUUGAUUUUAAUUUCAUAUUUUCAUAGUAUACUUUUAGGCUUGGUUAACGAAAUUUCCAUUAAAGGAAAAUACCAGAUUUUGUUUUCUAAAUUUUUUAGAAAAAAAAACAAAUAAAAUGUUAGCUAUAAUAAUCAAAUGUGAGAUAUAAAAAUGUAUUGUUCAAAUUAGUAUUAUUUAAAUAAAAAACAUUAAAAAGA